AUAACGCCGAAGCGGGUGCAUGAGGCCCUAUUCAGCCAAAGCAUUAAAAAGGCCCCCGGAGUCGAUAGGCUCAACUUCAAAGCAUGGCGCCUAGUUUGGAGGUUCGACCCUGAGCGCUUAGUGGCCCUGGCGAGGCAGUGCCUCCGCUUGGGGGUGCACCCUGACGUUUGGAAGGUCGCAAAACGCGUUAUAUUGAAGAAGCCGGGCAAGCCUAAUUACGCUCUAGUGAAGGCCUGGAGGGUCAUUAGCUUACUAAGCUGCCUCGGCAGGGUAACGUAA